AUGGCACUUCAAAGACUACGAAAAUUCUUCUCAAGAAAACCAGAACCCCCCUUCCAUAUUGUAUCCGAUCUCCAUCUAGAAGUCGACCAGCAAUACGCCUCUUUCGAGUUCCCAGUUUGCGCACACUACCUUAUCCUUGCUGGGGAUGUCGGGCGCUUGGCGGAUUAUGACGCGUACCUAUAUUUCCUACAAAAGCAGGUUGAGCGAUUCGGAACCAUGUUCCUCGUAUUAGGGAAUCAUGAAUUCUACAAGGAGUCUUUUGAGUCAGGAAUUGAAAAGGCUAGACGGCUUGAAAAGGAGCCUUGUUUAAACAGUCAACUUAUCUUGCUUCACCAAACACGCUAUGAUAUUCCGGAUUCUAAUGUCAUUAUCCUCGGCUGCACGCUUUGGUCCAGGGUUCCGGGGAGGUCCAGCGACGAUAUCCGGCAGAAGAUUCAGGAUUUCCACCAGAUAAAAGACUGGUCAAUCGAUGAUUACAACGCAGCUCAUGAUGCGGAUUCCGAAUGGUUAAUUCGGGAGCUCGAAGCAAUACAAGAGGAAAACCAAAGAGCAGGCAAGGACCAGAAACGAUCCGUCCUGGUCGUGACGCAUCACGCGCCUUUGACCCAGUUGAUGCCCAGUCCACGGAAUGAGAAUAGCCCCUUGUUGCCCGUGUUUGCGACUGACAUCCUUUCAGAUAUCCCGAAGUUGGAUGGUGUGAAGGCCUGGGUAUUUGGACACACACACUAUUCAACGGAAUUCAAAUACCGGGGGGGCACUUAUUCAGGGCUUCAAUGGCCCGUGCGAAUCCAAUCUCUUUCCGCCGACCUUUACCGGAAUAAAGGGCCUCUCAUCCACCUUACAAUGUUGAACUUACGAGUAUCAACCGCGACUUUUCGCACGAGUUUGCUCAUUGCUUCGAAAAGGAAUUGUUUCUCUAGAUAUAGAGGGCUACUGACAUUGGCUAUUGAAACUUCUUGUGAUGAUACCUCGGUAGCGAUUGUCGAAAAGAACCCGAAUAACAUCCCCGGCGCCGCGAAAGUACACUUCCUCGAAAAUGUAACCGCCGAUUCACGAGAAUACCGUGGCAUCCACCCGAUCCUAGCACUAGAAUCGCACCAAGAGAACCUCGCAAAGCUCGUUGGAAAAGCGCUCUUGCAUCUACCAGAGGCAGAAAAUAAAAAUGGAAAUACUGUAAGUGAUAUAUCACGACAAAUAGUCUUGGCCGAUGGAUCAAGUCCACGCCGGAAGCCGGAUUUCAUAUCCGCCACCAGAGGGCCGGGGAUGCGCUCGAAUCUGUCCACCGGCUUGGAUACGGGAAAGGCGCUUUCGGUUGCAUGGCAGAUACCGUUUGUUGGGGUACAUCAUAUGCAAGCGCAUCUCUUGACGCCGCGACUUGUUUCAUCUCUGAACCGGGGUCAGACCGGCUCCGCCACUACUACGACUACUGAGACCACGCCAGAAUUCCCAUUCCUCUCCAUUCUCGUUUCCGGUGGUCAUUCGAUAUUGGUGAAAUCGAAAUCUAUUACGGAACACGAGGUUAUGGCUUCCAGCACAGACAUUGCCAUUGGGGAGUCUCUUGACAAAGCGGCCCGAGACAUCCUUCCCAGCUCCCUGCUUCAAAAUGCAAAGACUACAAUGUAUGGGAAAGCAUUGGAGCAAUUUGCGUUCCCGAAUGGUGCCUCAGAUUACGCCGAUUACCGACCACCGAUGACCCGAGGCGAGGAGGUAAUCAAACGUGAAAGUCCAUGGAGUUGGAGUAUCACUACGCCAUUCGCCAACACGCGGCAUCUGCAGUUUAGCUUCUCAUCUAUCGCGAGCGCGGUUGGUAAGCUCGUAUCUCUGAAAGAGAAGACUGGACAGGCUAUGGCCAAUGAUGAACGGAUCGCAUUGGCUCGGGAAGCGAUGCGCGUCUGCUUCGAGCAUCUCGCCUCACGAACCAUUAUCGCCCUCGAGGCUCUCAAACCAAAAACGGGAAAUUCCAACGAAGAAAUCAAAACGCUAGUCGUGAGCGGCGGAGUCGCCGCAAACAAGUUCCUGAUGAAGGUCCUUCGUUCAAUCCUCGAUGUUCGCGGUUUCGAACAUGUUAAGAUCCUCGCUCCCCCACCUUAUCUGUGCACAGACAAUGCGGCGAUGAUCGGGUGGGCUGGGAUUGAGAUUUUCGAGGCGGGAUGGUGCUCUGAUCUUAGUGUUCGCGCAUUGAGAAAGUGGACUCUUGAUCCACGUGCUGAUGAUGGUGGAGUCCUGGGCCCGAGUGGGUGGAGGAAGUGUUGA